AGCCAGAGUUACAUACAUUGACUAUGAAGGACGUUCAGAUGGGGACUCAAUUAAAAAAAUUAUUAACCAAAUGAAACCAAGACAACUGAUCAUUGUCCAUGGACCACCUGAGGCCAGUCAAGACCUUGCAGAAUGUUGCAGAGCUUUUGGUGGAAAAGAUAUUAAAGUGUACAUGCCAAAACUGCAUGAAACUGUAGAUGCAACCAGUGAAACUCACAUUUACCAGGUCAGGUUAAAAGAUUCACUUGUCAGUUCCCUUCAGUUCUGUAAAGCUAAAGAUGCUGAGUUGGCUUGGAUAGAUGGUGUCCUGGACAUGCGGGUUUCAAAAGUGGAUACUGGAGUUAUUUUGGAAGAGGGAGAGCUGAGGGAAGAGGAAGACUUAGAGAUGCAAGUGGAUAUGCCUUCUUCAGACUCUAGUGUCAUUGCACAACAGAAGGCCAUGAAAAGCCUCUUCGGUGACGAUGACAAGGAGAUUUGUGAGGAGAGCGAGAUCAUUCCUACUUUGGAACCUCUGCCACCUCAUGAGGUUCUUGGACAUCAGUCUGUAUUUAUGAAUGAGCCAAGACUGUCUGACUUCAAGCAAGUUCUCUUGCGAGAAGGUAUACAAGCUGAAUUUGUAGGAGGAGUGCUCGUGUGCAACAAUCUGGUGGCUGUUCGCAGGACUGAAACAGGGCGCAUUGGAUUGGAAGGCUGUCUCUGUCAGGACUUCUAUAGGAUAAGAGACCUUUUAUACGAGCAAUAUGCUAUUGUCUGAGGAAGGUGCUGCAAAGAUGUUUUUACUUGAACUUUUAAAGACCAGGGGGAUUUAUCCCAAUUUUGACUUUUUGUAGUUUUCUAAUUUAUACAUGGAAAACCUAAUUCAUAAAGAACAAGUAACUACCCUGAUCAUGUAAAUAACGGCUGCUGUUCUUCAUAAAUCUGUUGGUACAUUCCACGUUGUUGACUUCCAAACUUCUUUCACUUGCCAUUUCCCCCAUAACACAUUACAAAUGAGUUUAUGGCUAUGGACCCUUCUCAGGAAAGGUUCAGUUUGUCAGGACAUGUUUUGGUUGCAUAGAUUCC